CCGCCAUUACGGACUGUGCUUCUCCCGGAGGAAGGGCAAGCAGUCAGGCCGAGAGAAGUGUGAAGGAAAGCGGUGAAGAAGUGAUUGGAGUUCGCCCUUUCCGACGCAGAUACUAGACAUGCUGUCUAGACUGGCAUUAGUUUCAGCCUCAGCGCUGAAAAGCAGUGGGCCUCUGGGAGCAGGCCUUGUUCAGGCGUCCCGCUCCAUCGGCACAUCUCCCCAGAGCCUGGCGCCCGUGCCCCCGCUGCCUGAGAAGGGGGGCCAGGUCCGUCAUGGUAUUAUCCCGGAGGAGUUGUUCCAGUUCCUGUACCCCAAGACUGGAGUUACAGGUCCUUACAUGCUGGGUACGGGCCUACUGCUGUACCUGCUCUCCAAGGAGAUCUACGUCAUCAACCACGAGACCUUCGCCGCUGCCUCCAUAGGCAUAGUCAUUGUCUACGGCAUCAAGAAGUUCGGGCCCAGCGUGGCAGCUUUCGCUGACAAGCUGAACGAGGAGAAAGUGUCCAAGGCCCAGGAGGUGAAGGAUUUGGCCGUGAAGAGUCUGACUGAGGCCAUCGAGGAGGAGAAGAAGGAGCAGUGGAGGGCUGAAGGACGGCAGAUGCUCUUCGACGCCAAGAGGAACAAUGUGGUCAUGCUGCUGGAGACCAAUCACAGGGAGCGCCUGCACAUGGUGACCAAUGAGGUGAAGAAGAGGCUGGACUACCAGAUCGACGUGCAGAACCUGCACCGGCGCCUGCAGCAGGAGCACAUGGUGGACUGGGUGGAGAAGAACGUCAUCAAGAGCAUCACUCCCCAGCAGGAGAAGGAAAGUAUUGCCAAGUGCAUCACAGACCUGAAAAAGCUGGCCCAAACUGCCAAGGCCACUGCUUGACCUGCUGUAGUCCUCAGGGAAGUCCCCCCCACCCCUGGACAGAAGUGACCGCUGUGUCAUUGGCACCAGCCACGCUUCAUCCUAAAUCUAAACUAAGACAUAGAUUGUCUCACGUUUGACUGUAUAUACAUGUCCAUUCAAGUAAUAAUAAUAAAAACGUUCAGUUGUA